CCAUCGUGCCGCCUCGGCUCAGAUGGAACACAUUCCCUCCUGAGCAGUUGCAAAAAUAACCUUGACCUGAAUAAAGUCUUGCCCUUCCCCCGUGUACGCGUAUCCCUCCCAAUUGCUUCCUUUUUGUCUGUCUGUCUGUCUCCCCCCCAUUCAUCCCUCCACCCUUUCUUACCAAGCAUAUCCCCGUUCGACAAUCACCGUCUCCUUCAUUUCAUUUCUUCUUCUCUCUAAUUCCGCCGAACCAUCGUAUCCCGCCCAAGGUGCCCUGCGUUGCCAGCCUCGUCUCCUCCACCCAUCGUCCAAUCACCAUCGGCCCCACUACGUCACUCAGUCAGCUCCAUACCAGGUUUCGUGCAAGAUGAGUGUGCUCGCAUUGAAAGCCCUCUCCGUGGGCGCCGACCGCAUCCCCGACAAGGCUUUCGAAAAAAUCCCCGGGGGUUACUUCAAGCCGCCCGAGAAGAAGAACGCAAAGAAGGGUUCGCGACGCCAGAGUGAACAGCCUGCUGCCCGCCAACGACGCCGCAGCCCGCGACAACGGCCUCCACCGUCCGACUACUCCGACUACAGCGCAUACGACGAUACAGACUACGAGCGAGAGCGCAGCCGUCGAGACAGCCGCCGCGCGAAGAGCUUGGGACGCAGCCCUAGCCAAUCCGAUUCUCGAAGCUCCAGCGGUCGAGGGAGGAAUCGAGUGCGCAAUCGCGCUUUGGACAGCGAGGAACGUCUAGACAUGAACGGGAGAGAGCGUGGUGGUGCCGGUGCUGGUCCUGUUCCUGCCCAGUUUCCUCCUCCACCUGGCUCCGAAUACAGACCGUACGAUCCACGCGACUACGCACCUCCGACUGCUCCCUCGCCACCAAAUGCCUAUCAAGGAGACCCCUAUGCCAGACAGCAGUCUGCCACAAGACCCGACUACGGAUAUCCAGCUCAGCCUUCAUCUUCUACAGCAGCGCGAUAUACUCCCGCGUCAGGGUAUACUCCAUCCCCUGCUCCUGCUCCUGGCGGUGCACCGGUUCCUCCACCCAACGCUGCAUACGCCCCUUAUGUACCUGCCGAAUACACCCCCGCCAGUCCAGUACCCAACGCUUACCCUUCUCCUCCGCCCUUUUACAGACAGGAGUCGCGAUCACAGCCAUCUGUGGCCCAGUACCCCUACUCCGAUAGUCAAUACCAGGUAGCCGCAUAUGACCCACCGAACCGCCAUGGUAGCUCCUCGUCCUCGCAUCAUCACCACCGUCGUGGUGAAGGAAAGCACAACAGGGCGAGGUCUGCUGAUCAACGUGCUCGUUCCCGCAGCCGAGUCACUGAUAAAGUUCGUGACAGGCUCGAGAAUCUCGACAUGCAUGAUAAAAACCUGGCGGCUUCGGUGGGAGGUGCGUUAGCUGGAGGAUUAGUGGGUAGUAAACUGGGACAUGGAACGCUAAGUACUCUUAUAGGUGCGGGUAUUGGCGCGCUCGGCGGGAGGGAAUUCGAGAAGCGACACGAGAUUGACAAGGCUGAACGCCGUGAACGUAGUCGGAGCCGGCACAGUGGCCGAAGACGAGACUACUCACCGUCCAAGGAUCGAUUUAGCGACGAUGAGCGCUUUAGCGAUUCCGACUCAAAUUCAGGUUCGCGUCGAAGGCAUGGCGGCAGCCGACGCAGGCACGACUAUUGA